CGUUCACGACUUGCCCACCUCUUUACGAUUCCGAGCAACGACAAUCUUUCUGCUUGUGCUGCAGCUCCACGAGUCUCACAACUGCAGCCGGUCCGAAUCGCUCAUUCGCAUUACGAUUUCACACUGGACUCGACGACCUACGGGACAAGUGUCAAUAGCGCAGAGCGCUGGCUGGAUAAUUGGCAGCAGCGAGUAGCGCUCGCAACUUGCAACACCAUCUCUCUGAUACACUCACAUACACCUAUUGCCCAGCAUGGCGACGUUUCUGGAAAGCUCGUACAGCUUGGUCCAUACGGACAACACAGCCGACCAACCAUCGCUGCAAGAGCUUAAGAACCAAUUGGAGAAGGGCACGGAUGAGACGAAGGUUGAGACCAUGAAGCGCAUCUUGACUGUGAUGCUUAAUGGCGACCCAAUGCCUUCACUUCUUAUGCACAUCAUUCGAUUCGUCAUGCCGUCGAAGAGCAAACAAUUGAAAAAGCUAUUAUAUCUAUAUUACGAGAUCUGCCCUAAGCUGGACAGCUCAGGGAAGCUAAAGCAGGAGAUGAUUCUUGUUUGCAACGGAAUUCGAAUGGACCUUCAGCAUCCCAACGAAUUCAUUCGCGGCAAUACGCUGCGUUACCUGUGCAAAUUGCGGGAGCCUGAACUCAUAGAACCAUUGCUUGCGCCUGCCCGCCAGUGCCUGGAGCACCGACACUCCUAUGUCCGCAAGAACGCUGUCUUUGCCAUUGCCGCCAUCUUCCAGCACAACGAAGCACUCAUGCCGGACGCGCCCGAGCUUAUUCAAGCCUUCCUCGAAUCGGAGAGUGACAACACGUGCAAACGUAACGCCUUUGCAGCAUUGCUCAGCAUCAGUCAUGAGAAAGCGCUUGAGUACCUGAGUGGCGUUUUUGAAGGAAUCCCCAACGCCAGCGAGCUUCUACAGCUGGUCGAGCUUGAGUUCAUUCGCAAGGACGCUGUCACUAAUUCGCAGAACAAAGCUCGGUAUCUACGACUCAUUUUCGACCUUCUCGAGGCCAAAGAAUCCACGGUUGUCUACGAGGCAGCAUCCUCGCUAACGUCACUGACAAAUAACCCGGUUGCGAUCAAAGCCGCAGCCGGCAAAUUCAUAGAAUUGAGCAUCAAGGAGUCUGACAACAACGUGAAAUUGAUUGUGCUGGAGAAGGUCAACCAGCUUCGCAAAGCCAAUGAGGGCGUGCUCGAUGAUCUCACCAUGGAGAUCUUGCGUGUGUUGUCAAGUCCAGACCUGGACGUGAGGCGGAAGUCGCUCGAAUUAGCGAUGGACAUGGUUUCGAGCAAGAACGUGGAAGAGGUGGUCAUGCUGCUCAAGAAGGAGCUAGCCAAGACUGUUGAUGAACAGUACGAGAAGAACAAUGAGUACCGGUCACUCGUCAUCCACUCCAUCCACCAGUGCGCGAUCAAAUUUUCGGAGAUUGCCCAAAGCGUGGUUGGAUUGCUUAUGGAUUUCAUCUCUGACUUCAACAAUGCGUCAGCUGUGGACGUCAUAUCAUUCGUCAAGGAGGUCGUCGAGCGGUUCCCAAAUAUGCGAAGUUCAAUCGUGGAACGUUUGGUCUCGACUCUGAGUGAGGUUCGUGCCGGCAAAGUCUACAGGGGUAGCCUCUGGAUCGUUGGUGAAUAUUCGCUCGAGCAGAACGAUAUUCGGGAAGCGUGGAAACGGAUACGAGCCUCACUCGGAGAGAUCCCGAUCGUUGCAUCGGAGGCUAGGCUUCUGGAAGAACAAAAUGAUGGAGAGUCAGAUUUGCCGGAUCAGUCCAAUGGUACUAAGAAGCCGGCUGCGCCUACAGGAUCACGCAAAGUACUUGCCGACGGUACAUAUGCCACUGAGAGUGCUCUUACAAGCCAAGCGGCAGCGAAUGCGAAGCUCGAGGCUGUCAAGGCAGCACAGAAGCCCCCAUUGCGGCAGCUCAUCCUGGACGGCGACUUUUUCUUGGCCACCGUACUCUCUUCAACUCUCACGAAGCUUGUCAUGCGCCACGCAGAGAUCUCAAAGGAUGCCGCUCGAACAAAUGCUCUCCGAGCCGAAGCUAUGCUGAUUAUGAUCUCCAUCAUCCGCGCUGGACAGUCUCAAUUCGCUAAGGCUCCGAUCGACGAAGAUUCCAUUGACCGAAUCAUGUCCUGCGUAAGAUCUCUUGCUGAGUUUCAACAAAAGAAAGAUCUCGAGACCGCAUUUUUGGACGACACCAGGAAGGCUUUCCGUGAUAUGGUCCAGGUCGAGGAGAAAAAGAGGGCCGAAAAGGAUGCUGUUCUCAAAGCACAAAGUGCCAUCCAGGUCGAUGACAUGAUUAUCAUACGCCAGCUCAGUAAGAAGAACGCCGUGGAUGGAGCUGACGAGAUCGAGAUCGACCUUGAGAAGGCUACAGGCGGCGACACUUCCACAGAAGGAUUGAGCUCCAAGCUAAGCCGUGUCGUGCAAUUGACUGGGUUCUCCGAUCCGGUUUACGCGGAGGCGUACGUCCAGGUCAAUCAGUUCGAUAUCAUUCUCGAUGUUCUCCUUGUCAACCAAACGCACGAGACAUUGCAGAAUCUUUCGGUUGAGUUCGCAACAUUGGGAGACCUCAAGGUGGUCGAGAGACCGAUAACGCAAAAUUUGCCCGCGCUGGACUUCCUCAAUGUCCAAGCCACAAUCAAGGUGUCGUCUACGGACACCGGCGUCAUUUUCGGCAACGUUGUGUACGAUGGCCCGUCGUCCACUGAAACAAACGUCGUUAUUCUGAACGAUGUUCACGUUGAUAUCAUGGAUUACAUUCAACCAGCGCAUUGCACGGAAACGCAGUUCAGAGCUAUGUGGACAGAGUUUGAGUGGGAGAACAAGGUCAACAUCAACACGAAGAUGCCUGCUGAUACGAACCUGCGGGAUUUCCUCCAGCGCUUGAUGAAGGUCACGAAUAUGUCGUGCCUGACACCAGAGGCUAGCUUAGAGGGUGAUUGUCAAUUCCUGAGCGCCAACUUGUAUGCACGAAGCGUUUUUGGUGAGGAUGCUCUUGCCAACUUGAGCGUUGAGAAAGAGGGCGAGAAUGGCCCUGUCACUGGAUUUAUGCGGAUACGCAGCCGUUCGCAAGGCCUAGCACUCAGUCUCGGCUCGCUGAAGGGUCUGAGCAAGAUUGGUGAGGUCACACUUUGAGCACCCUGCGAUGGUAUCAACCUCUGCUGGGUCUGGACAAUCCCAGGAUGAUGUUAUGAGCGCAUGGGUGGGGAGCGCAAUAAAAUUCUAUGGUAGACGACCGAUCUCUCGCAGGUAGAGACAUCGAUCGAAAUGCUCACGGUCCACGUUUGUAGUGCAGAGGUGUGCCUAUAAAAAUGGAGAUGGCUUUUUGUCGACCG